AUGAAUGAUUAUGGGUACUACACCUUCACCGGGAGUUUCCAGUCGGCGGGGACGCUGUUGGACCAGCGGUCGAUCUCGCUCUACGCGAAUCCGAGCGUGGCGCAGAUCCCCGUCGUGGGCGUGAUCACGCCCGUGUUCACGUACACGCUGAGCCGGGCCAACCCGGGCCCGGGGGAGUCGAUCGUCGUCGAGAUUCGCAUCCAAAUCCCGCCCCAGUCGACGUGGGACCUGAAGCUCACCGUCGCGAGCGCCCCCCCGCCCUACCACGGCCGCCUGUGCGGCGCCGUCGUCUCCGCCGUCGGCCACGGCCUCCCCUGCCUCCGCACCGGCGAGGACAUCUACCGGUUCGCGCGGAACUACGACUGGAAGAUGAACGCGGUCGCGACGUACGACUACGACGCGGCGAACGCCAGCGUCGGCCAUUACGGGACGACGAUCUACUUUCAGGGUCUCACGAACGUCGGCCGCCGCCCCAUGGCGUGGAGCCCCUACGAGCCGGAGAACCUGGUGGUGGCGUCUCUGGGACUGACGAUGCCGGAGGAAGGAGGCCCCGCCGCGAAUCUCACGGUGACGCUGGGGUCCAUGGCAGGGGACAGAGUCUACGGCGGGAUGGCCGUGGCGGUGGCGAGGGGGACGACCCUCCCCACCCCGACGAAUCUCACGAUGGGAGUCAACGUCACGCUGGGUGAGGAGCGAGCGGAGAGGGGCGGGGAGGGGAGGGGCGGGGCGGGGAGGGGCGGGGAGGGGAGGGGCUGGGCGGGGAUUUAG